AUGGCCCAUCCAUGUACACGACGCACAACUCCACCCACUACAACUCCGACUGACGAUGCUCCCCUUCCGCCGCCACAAUCUGUUGGAAAUGGUGAUCAUGUACAGUGUGACUCCAAGAUUUCGAUUGGGGCAAAGAACAAAUUUCCUUUUCUUGAUGGUUCUCUUCCUCAAUCAGAUACACAAAAUCCCCUCUUCUAUUCUCAACAUCCUUGUAAUCAAAUGGUCAUGUCUUGGAUCCUCCAUUCAAUUUUCCAAGAGAUUAAAAGUAGCAUCAUGUUCUUCGACAUUGCUACUGCCAUGUGGUCAGAAUUGAACAAUCGCUUUGAUCAAGGAAAUGGUCCAAGAAUCUUUGAACUUAGGGAAACUCUCAUAGCUCUACAUCAAGGAGAUAACUCUGUCACUUGCUAUUUUGCCAAUCUCAAAUCCAUCUGGGAUGAAAUGCAAAAAGUCAAACCUCGCACUCCCUAUACAUGUGAUGCAUCAAUGAUCUUGCCAAUUGAUCCAUUUCCAUCUUUGUCGAAAGUCUUUUCCAUGAUUAUACAAGAAGAAUGCCAAAGGAAACUUGGCUCUUCUCAUCAUUCUAGUUUUGUGGCUGCUACUACUUCUGUUGACAGUCCUAACUCUCAGACAAAGAAGAUGUGUCCCACUCGCUCUCACUGUCAAAAACAAGGGCAUCUCAAAGACAAGUGUUAUUUCUUACAUGGCUUUCCCCCUGGUUAUGGAAGUCGUAAAACCACCAAUUAUAACACCACUAACACUUGGAAAAACCUGCAUAAUCAUCCUCUGUUGUCAAGCCUCAAUCUCUUCAAGCUUCAGGCACUUCCAAUGAUACUACAAGUGUAA